AUCACGUGAUUCAACGCGUGUUUGCAGCACCGCCGCUGAUCCGACACGCUGCAAAAGGGCGACGUCCAACAUAAAUUUAAAUAAAUGGCAUCGAUUCAUCCUUACCCCACUCGCCCGUCUUUCCAGCCCCCCUCCAGCCGCUCCUGCUUCUCGCGAGCUACCCUUAUUCUCUGUCCCCCAUGAGCUGGCCUGGAUUCUUAUGCAUAUCGCUGUUCCUCCAUGCCCUUUUUCAUUGCCAGCCGGGCAGCGCCUAUGACAUCGUACGGGAUUACUCGGGGAGCUCCUUUUUCGACCGAUGGGAUUUUUUCGGGAACUGGGAUAAUCUCACGUUGGGGGAUGUCUGGUGGCUUAGCAAGGCGGAUGCCAUCGCUCAAGGACUGACGUAUGUAAAUAAUGCGGGAAAUGCGAUUAUAAAAGUGGAUAACAUGCACAAUGUGGUUUAUGGGCAAAAACGAAAUUCGGUCCGGAUAACAUCUCAAGACAUAUACCACGUUGGCAGCUUGUGGAUUAUCGAUGUCAAACACAUUCCGUUCGGUUGCUCUGUUUGGCCGGCCUUUUGGACUAAAGGUUACCAAGAUGAAUGGCCUGUGGGCGGUGAGAUUGAUAUCAUCGAAGCCAUUAAUCUGAUGCCAAAUAACCAAAUGGCUCUACAUACGACAUCCGGGUGCUACCAUGUCCCGGAAGAUCAACAAUACCAAAGUGGGGCGACUACUCAAACAGACUGUUCUCUGUCCUCCGGUUGUACCGUUCUUGAGUUGAAGGAGAGCAGUUUAUACACUGGUCUUGCUGAAGCCGGUGGAGGGGUAUGGGCUACGCAAUUCGACGUAUCCGGAAUUUUCAUCUGGUUCUGGAGUCGUCCGAAUGUUCCUGCUUCGAUAUCUGCAACAACAGCAUCGACAGGCGUUGAUCUUUCCGAUUGGGGUCCGCCUUCAGCUAGUUACCCGGCGACUUACUGUAACAUCACGGAGUUCUUUUCUGCCCAGAAUCUUGUCCUUGACAUAACACUCUGUGGGGAAUGGGCUGGCCUCUCAAGUCUGUACUUUCCUUCUUGCGGAUCUGGCACAGGCACCUGUUACACUGAUAGCGUUGUUGGGCCCGGCUCCACCUUCAACGAUGCUUAUUUUGAAAUAUCUUACAUUCGCGCUUAUACUACUGGAGCGCCCGCGCCCACACCGAACGCGCUGGUGAGCAUCUCAACUUCGGUACCCACCGGACUUCCGACAAGCUUGCUGGCGCCUUCGACGCCCACAGUUUCGAGUCUGUUCUUCCCUGGAAGCGCAGAAGGUCGUCGAGCCAAUUCGAUACGGGCGGUGGCCGCGAUUCUGCUGGUCGGAUUCUUUAAUCUUUGGUUUUAAUCAUGUUAUAUGCAUGUUGUAAUUUUACGCUUCGCGGUUGGGACCGGCGUUUACGAUAUAGGAAGUGACAUACGACACCUAGACAAGAUGUGUUAUGCUUCAUCAGGAUUUCUAGACACCAUCGAGUUACGUUUACUCAUAAACAAUGCAAUGUAUGUUUCAACGAUAGAGCAACCUCCAUUCUUUCCAAUAACUUGAACAUGCUUUGCAAUUGUGCAAAGAUAAUCGAUUUUACAUUAGAUAGU